UCGUGGUUCUUCUCAUGGACGAAAUUCACGAUGCAAGGCGAGUGCGCCGCUGCCGAAAGAUACAACUCGUUGUUCCGCGUUAGAGGGGUCGGCCUUUUCGGUACAGCUGUUAGGGUUGUACUAUAACUAGCGGCAUCGAUGCUCCCAUAUCUAGGCAAGAUAACCAAGAUGCGUCAACACAAGUCACGCCGCGCUUGCAGAACAUGUCCGCGACGACGACGACGCCGGUGACGAGCUUGACGGUGAACACCCGGGUGUACGAAGGCCAGAAACCGGGCACUUCGGGUUUGCGUAAGGCUGUCAAAGUCUUUCAGCAGGAACACUACACGGAGAACUUUAUCCAAGCGAUAUUGCAAGCUGUAGGUGAUCAUCUGACCGGCUGCACUCUCGUCGUCGGCGGUGACGGACGGUUUUACUGCAAGGAAGCAGUGGCCAAGAUCAUCCGGAUCGCCGCGGCAAAUGGGGUAGGAAAAUUGAUUGUUGGUCAAAAUGGCAUUCUCUCAACGCCAGCAGUGUCAACUAUAAUACGAAAGUAUAAGACACAAGGCGGGAUUGUUCUAACUGCGUCGCACAAUCCUGGUGGUCCUGAUGCCGACUUUGGUAUUAAAUUUAAUUGCGAUAAUGGUGGCCCUGCUCCAGAUAACGUAACGAAUAAUAUCUACGAAAUCACUAAAACACUCCAAUGUUAUAAAAUUAUUCCUGACAUUAGCAUAGAUAUUGAUAAAAUACAGAACAUUUCUAUCGAAGUGGAUGGUAGACCAUUUACUAUCGAUAUAAUUGAUUCUGUGAAUGAUUAUGUGGAACUUAUGAAAGAGAUUUUUGACUUUGCAAGUAUUAGGAAAUUAUUGCAAGGCAGUACGGAUAAGCCAGCAUUUAAAAUUCUCAUCAAUUCGAUGAAUGGAGUUACGGGACCGUAUGUAAAAAGAAUAUUUAGUAGCGAAUUAGGCGUUGAUGAUACAAGUUUAGUAAAUAUAAAGCCGUUAGAAGAUUUCGGUGGUUUACAUCCCGAUCCAAAUUUAACUUAUGCCAAAGAUUUAGUGAAUGCUAUAAAAGAAGGACCAUAUGACUUUGGUGCCGCUUUUGAUGGGGACGGAGAUAGAAAUAUGAUCUUGGGGAAGAAAGCUUUUUUUGUUACUCCUUCUGAUUCUUUAGCAGUAUUAGCUGCUAAUCUAAAAUUAAUUCCAUAUUUCCAAAAGACUGGCAUCAAAGGAUAUGCUAGAUCCAUGCCUACGGCUGCAGCUGUCGAUAGAGUCGCCGCUAAGAACGAAAUGAAAUUUUUCGAAGUUCCUACUGGAUGGAAAUAUUUCGGAAAUUUGAUGGAUGCUGGAGAUCUGUCAUUGUGCGGAGAAGAAAGUUUUGGUACUGGUUCUGAUCAUAUUCGCGAGAAAGAUGGAAUAUGGGCAUGCUUAGCAUGGCUCAAUGUCAUCGCAGGACUUGGGAAAUCUGUAGAGAAUAUUUUAUUAGAUCAUUGGAAAGUUUAUGGAAGAAAUUUCUUCACUAGAUAUGAUUAUGAAAAUUGCGACUCUGCUUGCGCGGAUAAGAUGAUGCAGAGCAUUGAAGCUCUGAUUGAGAAACCAGAAUUUAUUGGCAAAAAGCUGCAGUACGAAGGUAAAGAAUAUGUUGUUAAGCAAGCGGACAAUUAUUCCUACACGGAUCCUGUUGACGGUAGCAAAGCUACGAAACAGGGUUUACGAAUAUUGUUCGUGGAUGGUUCCCGCGUUAUAUUCCGCUUAUCCGGAACGGGAAGUUCAGGCGCUACUAUCCGUAUGUAUAUCGAUAGUUAUGAAAAUGAUCCAGCUACUUUCGAGAAAGACGCACAAUUGGUGUUAAAACCUUUAAUUAAUAUCGCAUUAGAAUUAAGCGAACUUCGUCAAUAUACUCACCGUGACGCACCAACUGUGAUUACAUAAAAUAUUUUAUUUUCAUUUCUUCAUCACGCGAAAUUGUUUCUCAUAUAAAAGCUGUUUAUUCAAAAGAGUGAGAGAGUAAGAUUUCACAUCGAUAAAAAUUCAUUUGGGUUGUAGAAGUUCGCCCGAUUUCAUUGUCAGAAUCGCAAAGCAAUAGCAUAAAAUAAUCAUUGCUGGCGCCAAUGAACGAAUUUUCCAUUUUUAUAAAUUGUUACCGGCGUUUUACGAGAUUCCAUCCAUAUAAUAUAUAUAUGCAUAUAUAUUGUGCGUAUUGGACGGAAACUACUCAAUAUGCAUAUCUAUGAGUAGCAACUGAAAAAAAUGUUUCAAGAUCUAUAUAAUAUUAGAUAUUUGCUAUAAAUGUUGUUGUGCUUGAAUCUUUACAUUUCAAGUCAAUCGUGAGAGGAUACAACUUAAACUUAUUUAGAUCUUACUUAAAUAUUUAUGUGUGCAAGAGGAACAUUGAUAUUGUCCCUCGAGCAUCGAAAGGUAAUUCUGUAAUCUCGAAUUCUUUGGUAGGAAUUUGAUUAAUAUAACUUAUAUAUACGUAUUGCUCAUAUAUUUACAUGAGUUAACAAAUAUUAAUUGUCUUUUUAUUAUAAUUAUAAAUUAGAGGUAUGUCUAGUAUAUGUAGAUAUUCUACAUGUUCUAGAAAAUUUCUUUGGAAAUAUUUCGUGACAUAAUAUGUUGCAAAGUGAAAUUGUUGAUAUGCAAUAACUUAUCUUGUUAUGCCACAACAUAUAUUGAUAAAAAAAGUGCAAUUGCUGUGUCCAAUUUACAUAAAGAAUGCAUAGACAUUCUCUGAAAAAAAUUAAACGUGAAAAACAUUCUGUAUCCAUUAAAAAUUAUGCUGACUGUACGUAAUCCGGCCGUAAUAUGAAAACAUUUUUUUUAUUAAUAGGUGAUAUUAAAGCCACGAGCAACUUUCAAUAUGCUUAUAUUUCACAACCAUAAUUAUAUAUUAAUAAUGAAUAUCAUCACGUGCAUUCCGGUAUGUAAAAAUAUAAUUUGUAAAAAUCACGAUUGAAUGAACAAAAUGAAUACAUUGUCAAUCUUCCAAAGUUUAUGUCUAUCCACGAUUCACAUUCAAUAUUCUUGUUAUAAUUUUCAUUCAUUUUCACUCAUGAUUUUACAGUGAAAAUACUAUCUAAUAUUUAAUUUAUGAUGCUCUAGAGAAGUUGUUAAUUUAAUAUGUAAUACCAUUAAAUUUGUAACAUAAUCAGAUUAAUGUAUAAUGUGUGAAAAUAUUUUUUCUUUACUUGUUUUAUUAACUGCAUAAUAUAAAGAAUGUAGAGACAAGUUUUAGUAUCAGAGAUAGCAUAAUAUUGGAGGAUUAACAAAAGCGUAAAUUCAAUAUUGUCUUGAAGGACCAGUCUUUCCAACAUUCAUUAACACUGAUCUUAUUACUCUGACUAUAUUAUAGCUAGUGUUAUGAUCUAGGCAGAGGCCUAUGUGAGAAAGAGAGAGAGAGAGAGAGAGAGAGAUUUAUUUUUCAAAUAAAUAUGCAUCUCCAAAGGUGGAAUGAUUGGUCCUGCGAAUUGAGAAUAUAGUGUAAUAAAUAAUAAUAAGCAGCUUUAAUUUUAUUAUAUGCUUUUUAUGAGAUAAAUAUUUUAUUGAGUUAAAUUAAGUGAUUUUCUUAUAAACAAAAAAAUAUGUCACUGUGGAAUCCAUAAUGGAUAAUAAUACAAUUUUGAUGAUAUGGUACAGAAUCUUUUUAGUGUCAGAUAUUAUGUGAACAUUUGUGCCUAAAACUAUAGAUUUAUUUAUAUGGGUAAAUUUUUAAAUUGCAAGGGCAGGUAUAAGAGAAUUUUUUUAUACUCUUCUUGUACAGUAGCAUAUGUAAAACAGCCUAUGUAAAAAUUAUACUAUUUAUUGCAACACAAAGCAUAAUAUGGAGAGCAUAUUAAAACUAAAGCAUCAAAGGUUUUGUAGAUAGUAGCGUACAACUGUAAGAAUCUUUCUUUUUCAUUAAGGCAGUCAUCCAUUUAUCUUUUUUAAAAUCCUCACAUUAAUAUCUUUACAUAACAAAAGUCGGGCAUUUUA